AUGGAAGCCCCGGAGCGGGAGAACUCGGACGCAGAACCAGGAAAGACGUCGUCCAAGGAGGCGACGUCGUCAACCUCGAAGUGCUCGUCGGCGUCCUGGGCGUACGGAACUCCGGCCCCGAAGAUGUCGAUGGCCUCAGCGAGAUCCACCGACGGGGAGAAAAAGAGAUGCCUCGCUGUUUUAGCGCAGAACAACAGUGUGGUGAUUAGUAGUGGCAAGACCUCGUCCCUGACGUUUUCAUUCUUCCGCCAAGUUGAGCCUGGGUCCUUGAUGGUUUCUCAAGCUGCUGAGGUCUUUGAAAAGAACUUGCAACUAUUAAAAGAUGAAGCAAAAUGGAGAAAUAAAAGGGAUAUGGUUGCUUCAGAGCAUAUUCCAUUGGAGGAUCUGGAGUUCAUGGCAGACUUAUCUGGUUGCCCUUCACCCGCACAUGCAGCCAUUUGUCUAUGGCAAAGUCCUUUGGACAACUACCGAACCAUUUCUGGUCUCUGCAAUAACAGACACAAUCCUACAUGGGGUGCAGCUAACACUGCCUUGGUCCGAUGGCUUCCAGCGCAAUAUGAAGAUGGAGAGAAGCAGCCUAAGGGUUGGAACCCUGGACGGCUUCAUAAUGGAUUUACACUUCCCCUGGUAGAAGCAGUCAGCAAGAAAAUAAUGAAAUCCUCUUUCAAACGGAAAGAGAAUUUGUAUUCUCAAUUGAUGAUUGAAUGGGGACAGUUCAUAGACCACGACAUAACCUUCACCCCUCAGAGCACUCGAGAUGCUGCUGAUAUAGGGGUGGAUUGUCUUGGCACAUGCCAAAAUAUCCACCCAUGCUUUCCAAUUCAGUCACAUGAUCUGCAGUCAGCUGCCAAAGGCUGCAUGCCUUUUUUUCGAUCCUCACCAGCCUGUAUUGACAAUCUUCAAUUGGCAAACAAUUUUCUUUUACAGCGUCAGCAAAUUAAUACAAUAACAUCAUUUAUUGACGCCUCUGUUGUGUACGGUCACACGCUAGAAUUACAGAGCCUUAUACGCAAUUACACUAGCUCGACUGGCAGGUUAGCUAUUAAUAAGAUAUUCAAAGAUGGAGAAGGCAGACCAUACCUGCCAUCUGUGGAAGCCAGCCCAUCUGCUUGCUUCCAGAAUCCUAGGGCAGCUCAAGAGGACCCAAGAGUAGAGUGUUUUGCUGCUGGGGAUGGUCGAGUCAAUGAAGGUCUUUCCCUGAUCGCCCUGCAUACCCUGUGGCUGAGGGAACACAAUCGGUUGGCAGGUGCCUUGAAAGUAUUAAAUAGUCAUUGGAGCAAAGAGACUGUGUACCAAGAGACCCGCAAGAUCAUUGGAGCUCUACAUCAGAUUAUAACAAUGAGGGAUUAUAUUCCAAAAAUAAUUGGGCAGGAAUCAUUUGAUCGCUACAUUGGACCCUAUAUGGGCUAUGAUCCAACAGUGAACCCCUCAGCCUCAAAUGUGUUUGCCACUGCUGCAUUUCGGUUUGGCCAUGCCACCAUCUCUACAGUUGUGAGGAGACUUAAUGAAAGCUUCCAGACACAUGAGCAAUUUACUCACCUGAGACUACACCACACAUUCUUUAGUCCAUGGAGAAUAGUCAAAGAAGGUGGGAUUGAACCAGUGCUCCGAGGUCUGAUGGGUACGGCUGCAACGUCUGUGAGCACAGAUAAAUUAAUAGCAGAGGAGAUGACGGAGAAGCUAGUUGUACUCAACAUCCAAUGGAAAUUGGACUUGGCUGCUCUGAACCUCCAAAGGGGACGCGAUCAUGCCCUUGCUGGAUUCAAUGACUGGAGAGAAUUUUGUGGACUCAAGCGUUUAAAGAUAAAAGAAGAUUUCCAAGAUGUGGUCAAAGACAAGAUAAUUGUUAAUAAGAUACUGAAAAUGUAUAAAACCCCGGACAAUAUUGAUGUUUGGUUAGGAGGGUUAGUUGAGGACCACUUGAAAGACUCCAGAAAUGGCCCUCUGUUUUCUUGCUUGAUUGCCAAGCAAAUGAAAUCAAUUCGAGAUGGAGAUCGGUUUUGGUGGGAGGCUCAAGGUACAUUCACCAAGCACCAAAUAUCCGAGCUUUCAAAAUCGUCGCUUUCACGUAUAAUCUGUGACAACAGCAAAGUGACUGAAAUUCCACUGGAUGCAUUUAAGUACGGGAAAUACCCAAAUGGUUUUCUGCCAUGCAAUCAUAUUCCAAACAUCAACCUGGAAGCUUGGAGAGAAAAGAAGAAAACAGACAUUUGUGAUUCGCCAGCAGACAUAAAAAACGGGGAUUUUUUGUUGUUUUCAUCCUCAGGCAAAUUGGUUGCACACUAUAUCUGUUACCAUGGUUUCAGAUUAAAGGGAACAGACAAACUUGAAUGCAAUGAAAGUGGCUGGAGUGAUCCACCCCCAGAAUGUAUAGACAGAUAACAAAGCUAGGCUUGUUAAAAUACAUGUUUUUGAUGAUCACUUUCUCUCUAAUUUGUGUGAAAGCGAUUUCUCAAUUUUUUAAUUUGGUUUGAAUUUAUAGUCUUAUCACUGAAUUAAAUUAAGUUUCAUAUGUUCUUGACAAUUAUUUCAUAUAAGUUAUUAUAUCAGAAUCAUAUAUUUCCCUCUAAGUAAUGCAAGUACUGCUUAAAACAUGUAUCUUAUUUUAAGUACAAUCUCUUUCCAUGUAGUUAAAUGUCUGCAAGUCUCUAUCUAUAUCUGAAUGAGGUGAGCCCAUGAAAAAAGCCCAUAGUCUAACGAUGUAAGCCCUCGUAUUAGUAGUAGGCCUAUUAUGAAUGUUAUGAACUGGCUGUUGGUUGUUGCACCGAUAGGAUCUAUGGGAUCAAUUACCACUUCUAUCAGGAAUCAUUCAUGUCCGAGCUUCAACCAUGUAUUGCAUAAAAUGGUAAUACAUUUACAUUUGGCUGUAUGGUUCCACUAUUUUCUGAUGCUCCCUGCUGUAGGACUUAAAGGUGAAAUCCGGUGUAAAAUGGAUUUGGGAUAUAUUUGAUAUGAUAACGAGUUGGGUGUUAGUUUGGGAGCAAAAAAGAGCACAUUGACGCAUUCUUAAAUUGACUGUUUUCAGCCGAUUCUACCAAAACGCUAUAAACUUUGAACGAUAGGGGCAUGGCUCAUGGUAAAAGCUAAAUCGCUAUUCCCUUAUAAGGUGUUCGGGUCUGUGGGACCCGUUUUCAGUUUUUAGCUUAAUAAAAGUGAUACAAAUAAUUAUUUUUUUGAACUAAGAUUCAUUGGCUUUGGCUCAUUUUCUGUGAGGAACAUAAAUCAGAAAACAUUUUCAAGGACCCCCCCCUGUAUACCCCCCCCCAUCACAUUUAUA